GGGAGGAACGACCUCGUGACAAUCGCCGCCUGUCUGGCAUGAGGUCUGGCAUCGCCGACAAGGAAUGUCCAGUAUAUAUACAACAAGCCGCAGAACGGUUACCUCGGUUACCGCCCACCGCUCUCAGCCUGAUAAAUAGCGUCAGCCAUCCUAUUGUCCGCUAUUGACUUCUCUAAAGUCCCGCUCUCGAGUCAAUGCCUCCAUUUCGGGAGCUCGAAGCAGGCACAUGCCGUCUGGCCGACUUGACCCCUCAAGACGUAAACCACAUUCCGUACUUCGUCGCCCAGUACGAUGAUCUUGACCUUGCCGUGCAGGUCCUGUCCGAGAGACUGCCUGUUGAGCAGGUAGCGCUGAUAGCCAGUUACUUCCGCGCGGCCGCGGCGGAUGCGGGAAACGUGUGGGAAUGGGCAAGGGGAAGUGGCGUGGAUGAUCAGGUGUCCGUUGACGAGUUUCACCGGGGAACCUCGACGCAGCGGAUCAUCUACACCCUCCGGACCCUCCUCGCCAUCGAACGUCUGCAUGAAUCUCCCGCCCCCACCGCUGCGAAAGAUGCAAUGCACAUAGACCCUUCCCCCGCUGCGCCCCCACCCGCGAUACUGCGAGACGAGAAAGCCGGAGAGGAGAUGGUCGCUAUCUUGUUUGUAUGUUGGCGGAGACGGGUCGAGGGGGUGGGAUUGGAGAGGUUGGUGAGCGCGUUGCUCCAUUUCCCGUCGCCGGCGAAGCAUGUUGGGUGGCUUGUGGGGAAUGCGCCGGGGUUAUACAUGAAGAUCGUGCAUUCGAUACUCGACGUAUUGAACGGCGCCAAAGUCGCGAGACUCUCGUCGCCCGCUAGCGACAGCCUCCUCGCCCUGGCGCGUCUCGCACCCCACCACGCCAGCUCGAUCCGCGCGCUGCUGACGACCCGACGUGUGCUGCCAGCGGUGUGUCUGCAGUUGACGCUGGAUUAUUGUCGGGAUGAGCUCGCGUACCUGAACGCAACGUUCUCCCACCACCCAACCCACCCUCCGUUCCUCCCCAUAGCACAGCGCGACAAUCCCGCCCUCGUGACGCAGCUCGCUAGGCUAUCGCGGUCCAUCUUCUCAUCCCUCGCUAGUCACGCAACCCUCCCAUCAAAAGACAUCUGCAUCCGUCUCCGCGCCCUGUGCGGCCUCGUGGGCAUGUGCGGGACCAAAAUCACCCCGGAAGACGUCGAGCUGAUCGUGGCGGUCGUGCACGCGACGGAUGAGGAGUCGUGCGCAAAGCUGUGUUUGGGGUUUCUGUUGGUUGCUGCUGAUCAGUUUAUGCGGAUCUCACAUACAAUCUUCACCAAAACCCUCUACCACCUCAUCUCCCUACCGACCUCCUCGCUUUCCCUCAUGGUCGUCGUCUUCCUGCACACGGGCCAACUACCCGAAAUCUCGCGCCUGCUGCUCACCUCGCUCGGGAUCCCCGUGACGAUGCCGCGGGAGGCGUUCACGCAGUUGCGCGCGCAGCAUAUGGUUCCGGAGGAGCGGCUUGCGCGACGCGCGUUGGUUGUGCCGAGGAGGGAACCGAACAGAGGACCGGGGGAUGGGUUGGAUGAGUUGAGCGUGACGGUGGUGUACCAUCUCCUGAAGGCGGGGGUGUUUGUGAGAACAGGCGUGGAUGUCGCGGCGUGGGUUCUAGGCAGGGUUCAGGCGUGUGAGGAGGGAGACGGUGGCGUGCAUCCGCUUGUGCCGGGGAUUGUGGAGAUCUAUGUUGAGAGCAUAGCGAGCCAUCCGGGGAUCAUAACCCCCAUACCCGAGAUGGAGUUACGGAAGCUGUUCGCUGGCGUGGAUGUCAAGGUCCAGUUACGCCAUGUCGUUGCGUUGCUGUAUGUGUUGCUGUACGAGAAGAUGCGCAGGGAGGCGCGGGCGCGUGCUGCUGCCGGGUUUGGAGGGAAUCCGGACCCCCUCAUCGAAUACAACCUCCCCAACCUCCCGCACCUCCGCAUCCUGCAACACUCAGAACAGCUGAAAUCUCCAGUCUUGCACUCCCAGCUCGCGGGCCUACUCGCCGCCCAACGCCCCGAACUGCUCACCGUCACGGGUCUCAUCCACGCUGAGGAUGUCCAUGACGCGGUGCCGCCGGUGGGCGUACGGAUGGCGGAACUGGGUCGCAGUGUCGCGGGCGCCGUCCCAACACCCGUCGUGAUCAACACCGACCUUGUGGACGCCCUCAUACGAGCGGAAAACACCGACGCGCUGUGUGAACUCAUGGAUAUCGUGGACGCGUUACAGACCCCCGACGUCGUGGCGUGGGGUAAGGUCCUCAUUCACACUCUUUUGCCGCGGCUGUUAGCCGCCACCGACGUGGCGAAUCACCCAGAAACAUGGGUUAAGGACCCGAGAGUCGUAGCAUCCCUCCAGCGCGUCUGGAACGCCUUCUUCGCCGCCGAGCCCGGGCCCGCGUGUGUCGCGACCGUUAACGCGCUCCUGCCCUCAAAAGCCAUCCCAAACUCAACCAACGAUUUGAAACCACACAACAUCCGCCCACGGCAGUACACAGAACACGACCUCACCACCGACCCGCUGCUGCUUUUCAAGGUGGACCGCCGCGCGUGGUGGGGCGAGACGACGGGUGCGGUGUUGGCGAGGACCGUCGAGUGGGUCGUCGGGGCGGCGCGGACGCGGGGUCUGAAAUCGUUCGCCGACGCUUCGAAUUCCCCAACGAGCACCAACGGGAGAACGAACCCGGGAACCGUGUUUACCCCCGCGCAUCUGGAUACGCUGGUCAAGUUGCAGGAGAGCGCUGUCGUGCAGAUGCUGGUGGAGGUGUGUGGCGGGAUCCGUGGGCACCUGACGAAUUCCGAUAGCGGGGAUGCAGCGGACACGGACGUGGAAGCGCGGAUAGAGACGCUGCAACGACCGGUCAUGGCCUUCAUCCACCAACUGUUCAUCCACGACGUGACGUAUGUCCGGCUGGUGCAUUGGCAGAUGUAUGACCAGGCGUGGGUGAGGGAUUUGGUGCGGGGGGUUGAGAGUAUGCAUGUCUGUUUCGACUUUAUACCGGACUUCAUCCGCGCCGCCUCCGCUGAGACGGCCACCAGCGUGACCACCGCACGACAACCAGAUUUGGCGCGGCAGCUGUUUGCGAUACAGCUUGCGGGGUGGUUGGGGGAGAAGUAUCCGAUUGAGACAAGCCUAACGCUCACAAAAACCCUCAUCCUCCCGACCCUAACCCACAUCCUGCACCCCCUCGCCACCUUCAUAACCCGCAUCAAAACCGACCCCACCCCCACCGACAUCCCGCUUCCACCCAUCGACCCGCGCGCAACAUCAGCCAUCCCCGUCCUAGUCAACAUCGCCCGCGGGUUCCCGACGCUCGUAGGCGACGUGGGCGGGGUGUUGGAGAGUGUGCGGCUGAACGGGGAUGUCGGGGAGCGACUUGGAUUGCAUUUGCAUUUCCCGGGUCCCCCCACCACCCCCGCACCGUCACGGCGCCCUAAACGGCAUGCGCGCAAACGGAUUUAUCACCCCUACCAACAA